AUGGUACCAGUGAGUCGAAGGACUCGCAUUCGCAGAAGUUUGGCUCACUUCACGCUGAGAGCCACCCUCUACGGGUCCUGGGUCCUUGGUCUAUUUCCGUUCACCUUCGACUCUGAAAAGAAACAACUGCAACGCUCCAGAUGGCUGCUGGCUUAUGGUGUGAUUCUGAACACAAUUCUGUUGAUUUUGUCCGUUCUGCCGGCCACGGAUGACCAUAACUGGAUCAAAGAAGAGGUUUUCAAGAGGAAUCCUCUGGUCAAACAGGUUGAAUUUUUGGUGGAGAUCAUCAGUUUGGCGUCAACAGUGGUCAUACACCUGCGGACAUUUUGGCGGAGCAAGGAUUUAGUCGAAAUCCUCAACGAACUACUUCGACUGGAGAGAUGCCACUUCAGGCGGCUAACCCUCGAAGAUUGUGUUGCAUUUGAUAGGAAUGUGUUAAACAAAGGACUCAUAAUCAUCCUGGAGUUAGGGUCUUCCUUGGCCAUCUACUUUGGAAUACCGGAAAGCAAAGUCGUAGUGAGAGAAGCUUUUUGCAUUUACUUGGUCCAGCUGGAGGUCCUUCUGGUGGUGAUGCACUUUCACGUGGCGGUCAUUUACAUUUAUCGAUUCGUGUGGAUAAUAAACCGGCAACUACUGAGUCUGGCCAACCAACUUCGUGGCUCUAAGAGAGUCGAUCCCGAUGAAGUCCUUCUGCUCCUCCAACUCUACAGUCGCCUUGUGGAGCUUAACGAUCGCAUUGCCUCGAUCUACGAUGUUCAAAUGAUCCUCUUUAUGACCACAAUGGUCUCGGCCAAUAUCACCAUAGCCUACGUGAUGGUUAUCAUGUUUAUAAAUGCCAGGAGGUUUUCUCUUUUGGUGCUAAUAAUCUUUUUUCCUCAAGCCUUGAUAAUCAACUGUUGGGAUCUUUGGCAGGGAAUCACCACCUGCGAUUUGGCCGAAAGCACUGGAAGAAAAACGUCGACUAUCCUGAAGUUGUUCAAUGAUAUUAGAGGUAUGGACAAGGAAUUGGAGCAAAGAAUUUCUGAGUUCACCUUGUUCUGCAGUCAUCGAAGGCUGAGAUAUCGUCACUGUGGACUGUUUUCCAUUAACUACAAAAUUGGUUUCCAAAUUGUUGUUACCAAUAUUUUGUAUGUGCUUUUCUUGGUUCAGUUUGAUUACAUGAAUCUAAAAUAUAAAUAA